AUGGCUAGUCUAACUAUAAAAAAGAGUGCUUUUAUAGAUAAUUAGGCUUUAUUAUCUACAGGUGGAGCUAUCAAUUUGGUAAAUUCCAAUUUAAUGAUGGAAAAUUCUGUAGUUUCUUCAAAUUAGGCUUUAAUUGGUGGUGGAAUCUAUUAUUAAUAAAUAAUUCCUGAUUUUGUAUUAGAUUUGACAAAUAAAAUCAUUAAUAAUAACAUCAUCUCUUAAAAUUUCGCAAAGUUAUAUGGAAAUAAUUUAGGAUCUACAUUGAGAA